GAGCGAAAAAAUCAACGAGAGAGUCAAACAUAAAAUUUUUACUUAUUGAUGUACAAUGCUUAAGCUUCAGAAAGUUAAUAUCUUUUAAAGCGAAAAGACGCGUGUCCCACAGUACCAAAUUAUUUUUCUAAGUUAUUUUAUUAUACAAAUAUAAAGGCAAACAUGUCAGUUAACAGAGCAGCCAAAUCAGGAUUUGCAGCCGAGGCACAAAGAAAGGUGAGUCUUUUUAAAUACAGUAUUCAAGUGAGUCCUGGGUGCGGUCAACAACUCCUUUCAAGAAAUGCUCAAUUUAGUGUAAAGUUCUUGAUGGAUUGCAAUCACAUCGGUGAAGUUAAUAAAAAGUGA